AUGGACGCCACGCCCGUAUCCGCUUCCUCGACGUCGAGCUCUGCGAGCUCGUACAGCCAGUUCCCUAUGACCACCGCCGCACGCCCGCCGCCACCGCAGGACGUCGCCAAUAGCACUUGGCCGAUGAACGAAGCCUCGCCUUCCUUCGAUGCCACAAACUCUAGAGAAGACGCUGCCCACGGGACCGAUGCAGUGCAAUAUGCUUCCUCUGAUGUGGCAAUCGACUCCGCGCAGAACCCCGAUCUCUCGUCUCCACGCCUGCGUCCGGUUGCGUAUCGCAAUGAGGCCUAUUUAGACGACGGGGGAAACCUCUGCUCUCGCUGUUGCAGAGUGGCAACGCAUCCUCCUGGUCAGCCCUGCGCCCUGAACCCGAAGUCGCUUCGACGUCACGAGACGUUCAUCGUCGCCGAGCCAGAGCCGUAG